GUGUGUGUGUGUGUAAUGUUAAUGCUCUUAAGCUGUUUCAUAACAGCAGAAUCAUGAGUAGAUUAAUCUCAUGUGUCUUUGUAGCAGGUUGCACCUCGAAACCCUUGACAACAGUCUUAGUGCCCUCGAAGCAAGAAGGAUAAAUAAGUGAGUGAUGGUUGGUUGGUUGUUUGGCGUGUUGUCAGAGGUGAAAGGUUAAUGAAUGCAGCACGUUGAAUUUAACAUCCUGCUUUAUAUUUUUCUUUAAGAUUCAUGCGUUACGCUGAUUAAAUGUCAGGUCCCCAUCGUGCAGCAUCAGUAACUGCUGCUGUUUCAGGUACCAAAUCACAUUUUGAUCUGAAAUCAACCAGACUGCGAGUCAAAAAGUCUCUUGUCUACUUUUUUACUUAAAAUGCUCCAUGUUUAAAAGCCAGAUUAUAACCCUGAUUUGGCCAUUUGGACUGAUUUUCAACACUGUGGACAGUCUGCACAGAACAUGGCAGGUCACCACAUACAGAGAAGGUUAGCUUCAAAUCUGACUGAACCUCAGAUUAUGUUGACCAGGACUGAUUUUACGUGUGAAAUAUGAACACAUUUGAAGGUGUUACUGUAGUAUAAUAUAAAAGCAGUGUGCCCUUGUACUACUGUAAACAUCUGCAAACAUCAACUGUGUGUAUUUUCAUUCAGAAAGUACUUUUAAAUUGUUUUUACAGUAGGUUCUUAAAAUAAUCCGAUAAUUAAAGAGAACAAACUAAUGAAGAUAAGUCAACUACUAUUAGCCAGAUGCCAGUCUGACUAUCAGGCAAAAUAAUUAUAUAUAAAAAAUAAAAUAAAGUAAAUUACAAAAGUGUUGUUUUCAUAAAUGAUUUCUGCAUUAAAAAAAGCUAAUUGUAAAAACUCCACAUAUGUUUUUUAAAUCCUUUUUUUUUGAUGGUCCAUCACUUCAAAGUCCUUUUGUUAUAAUGUAUAAUGGUGAUUUCUUUACUAAAACAGGACAACACGCCUAGAGGAUAAACUAAGUCUUUGAACUGUCCCUAGAACACCUUGCUGUUCCUGCUCACUCUAAUCUCUAUUUGUCCAAAUCUGCAACAGCACUAUGAAAUCUUUUUAAAGUGCCCCAAAGCCCUCGUAUUCUGUGCCCAGCUGUUGAAAUGUUUAAGAUACAGCAAAAGAAAGAUUCCUUGUGCCAGCUCAAAGUCAGUGAGAUGCAGAACAACAUUCAUGGGAUUUUGACCAAUGCUCUAUAACAGAUGGUGUGUACCAUAAAACAUGGCUGGGAUUAUGACUUUUAUAGUGGAUUGUACUAUCCCAUCCAUAUGACCAGGAUUUUAGUUUAUCACAUAGACAAAAGCUACAACCCUGUAAGCUGUACUGCACAUCAUAUAUGAUUCUGUCAAUACAUGAAAUAAACAUAAAAUAAAUAAAUUAAGAGUAAUCAAUUGUCUAAUCCAAUCUCUCUGAUGACUUGCAGCUGGUCAGCUGGUCAGCUGCAAGUCCAGUAACUUUCUGUUAAAGCUUCUAUUUGUUGUUGUCCUCAUCUGAAUCAAGGGUCUAAGGACAGAGGGUGUCUAUGUUAUGAUUGAAAACCAAAUGUUCACUGACUGAACUAACUGUUUCUACUUUUGAUCUGUUGUUGAUUGUUGAAAUGCUUUCUACAGAUAAAUGAUAGUCGGAAAUAGAAGAGAUACUGUACAUUAUAUCAGUGACCGCACACCCAAUAUAAAUACUAUGGAAGAACUAAAACACACUGGUCUCACUCAAGUGGCAACCUCUGUGGCAAAUGAAGCAAACACAAAGAAACAAAAACUGCAGUUCCUCGGACGGCCACUUGAGGCUGGCUCCAGAAGUGAGUCGAUUUCUAUAAAACCCCUUUUUACAAUACCAAAAUUCACAGCAGAAAUAAACAUUUUACAAAAAAUUGUCUUUUCUAAUUUCUGUACGCGGGGGUGAAUUUUUAUUUAUUUAUUUAUUUAUUUAUUUUAAAGUUAUACAUGAUUCAGGGCACAACUGCUUGUUACAAGUGAAAUGCGGCUGUUUCAGUAACCAUGUUUCAUUCAGCUGGCGUCGGCUCCAUGUAUUUGCCCUUUUUUGGAUUAGCCAGGAGCCGGCAGUGUCAGGACGGAGAGAGCUGGCCACGCUGAGCUUCACAGUGGCUUUUUUAGAAACCUAUGGGUAAUGUCACAGAGACUACGUCCAUUUGUAAUUAUAAAGUCUGUGGUCUCUCUCAAGCUGAAAUACCAACCUGGCAAAGUGGCCAACUGGGGCCCAGAAAUGGCGACGCACCGGGGCUAGGGGGUGCAGUCACCAGCCAUUCUGUUCCCAAUCCGACCCCUGGUUAUGUGUUCGUGCCUUGUGUGUGUGUGUGCCUUUGAGUUGUGUGUGUGUAGGUUGGGUGCCACAUGCUAUUAUUGAAAAAAGGAGAACUUACUUAUAAAAUAACUCAUGUUAAAAGUCAUGAAAAUGUAUGAUUGUCUUAGCACCCCGGGUAGACUAUUAGUGGCCCAGCAGCAGAUUUUUACCCAGGAGACCCCCAGUUUAAUCCAGCCAUGCUGUCAUUAAUUUAUAUAAUGUUUUUAACAUGUUUAUUAAUUCAUUUAUGGAAUAUGUGUAGGCCUACCAUCUUAUCUCAGACCCAGGCCUGCUAUAAAUAUCAGAGACAGACUGACCUAAAAAAGAGAAAGAAAAAAAAAGAGAGAGGGGGAACACAAGCAAACAUACUCACUGUAGUGACAAAUGUGUCACCUCAGAGUGAAAUGUUUAAUAGUCAAAAUGUCCAAUUAGACCAUGUGAGGCGUGGGUGUGGGCUAUAUAUUAGGGUACCACUCACCAGGUUUACUUCUAAAGACACUCAGAAGAAUGAACAGACCAUCUGGACUACUUUGGAGAAGUUAGUUGCGUUGUGAAAACCCCUUUAGUAGAAGCGUCUCUCUCUCUCCCGGUGCUGUGAGUCUCGGAGCUGGUCCAGGAUCAUGGAGGAACUGGCCCGAGAGAGCAUCAGCCUGCUGGCCCGGUCCGCGUCCCAUGCGGACCCGCCGCGGCUCGGCUCGUUCGGCGCGGUGUUCAUCAUGCUGAAGUCCGCGCUGGGAGCCGGACUGCUCAACUUCCCCUGGGCUUUCCAGAAGGCGGGGGGAGUGAACACCGCCAUCAGUGUGGAGCUGGUUUCUCUGGUUUUCCUCAUCAGUGGGUUGGUGAUCCUCGGCUACGCCUCUUCAGUCAGCAGACAGACGACCUAUCAGGACGUGGUGAGCGAGGUGUGUGGACGAACUGUCGGUCAACUCUGUGAAGUCUGUUUCUGCUUCAACCUCUUCAUGAUAUGUGUCGCCUUCCUGGUGGUGGUGCAGGACCAGCUGGAGAAAUUGUGUAUUUCUUUAUAUGAGACGGUGACUGGAUCCAGUGAAGGAGAGAUGCCGUAUCACUGGUACACCGACCAGCGGUUUGCCCUCUUCAUCAUGUGCCUUUUCAUCAUCCUACCCCUCUCCAUCCCAAAAGAAAUUGGCAUCCAGAAAUACACAAGUGUGUUGGGGACUCUGGCUGCUACAUAUCUGUGUGUGGCGGUGAUUGUCAAAUAUUACCUGAUGGACAGCCACCCUGCUAUAAUAACUCCAGAGCACAGCCAAGGUUUGAGUUCGUGGGCUUCAAUGUUCAGUGUCGUGCCGACUAUCUGCUUUGGCUUCCAGUGCCAUGAAGCCUGUAUAGCAAUCUAUAGCAGCAUGGAGAACCAGAAGCUCUCCCACUGGGUGAUCAUCUCUGUGCUCUCCAUGUUUUUCUGUUUACUCAUCUACACUCUAACAGGUGUGUACGGCUUCAUGACGUUCGGACGAGCAGUCGCCUCAGAUAUUUUGAUGUCAUAUCCAGGAGACGAUGUGGUCAUGAUCAUUUCCAGACUACUUUUUGGAAUAUCAAUUAUCACCAUCUAUCCUAUUAUUCUUCUCCUGGGGAGAUCUGUCAUCCUGAACUUGGUGCUGCGCAUUCAAAGACGUCGUCGAGGAGUCGUCACUAGUUCGUUUGAGAGUCGCUGCAGAGUCGUUCUCACUGUGAUCUGGAUCACCAUCACUCUCCUCAUUGCCAUGUACGUCCCCGACAUGGGUGAAGUCAUCAGUGUCAUCGGAGGAAUCAGCGCCUUCUUCAUCUUUAUUUUUCCUGGUCUUUGCUUAGUGUUCACAAUGCAAACUGAAUCUGUGACUCCAAGAGUCAGGGUGGUUUUAACCAUUUGGGGAGUCAUAACUAUUGUAGUUGGAACCUUCAUCUUUGGACAGAGCACAACCAUCGCUGUCAUGGAGCUUUUCCAAAAAUUUUGAAAUUUCACUCUGUGAUCUCGACUCUUGCUGUGACUUCUGAGAGUUUGAUGUAAUUCACCUCUUUUGCACAACUGAAAGUUUGUAAAGGUGGUUUUAGCUGUAUAUAUGAACCUCAUCAAGGUCCUCCAUGACCUGGAUAUAAAACUAUUUACUAUGUGUAACAAUAGUUUAGUUUGGGUACUUGGAUUUUAAUGGAUUGUUAAUGGAUAAUUAUAUAAUGGCAAAGAGAAAAAUGUCUAAAAGUAUUGUUAAGUAUGUGCAGAAAAUAUUGUUUGAAUAUAUUUAUCUGUUUUAUUAUUUAAUUUAGUUUACUGACAAUAUAUUAAAUGAGAAAUCACAAAGUA